AGAAUUCGUUUUCUUUUUUUCUUUUUUUUAAAAAUAAAUGCAACACAAUUUAGUGGGGUGAGUGCGUGUCACUGUCCACAAAACAGACAGACAGAAGCUCUUAAGAGGCUGGCUUAUUCAAAUAACGUUACUGUAUUGAACCGCCCCCAUAGUACAUCUCGGCUUUACGUGAGGAAGCACGUUGCUAGUUAGCUUCAAGUAAAGCGUAAUAUUAUCUACCAUACCAAUUUUUUUAUGGAGCAGAAAAUAGGCAGGGCAUGAUUUUGGAGGCGAUGUUCGUGGCUAAGCUGCCAAAUUUCUUGUAUUUAAGUUGAAACCACAGCUUUAGUGUUAUGCUAGCUCUCUAAGUUGGACCGAAAGGCACCGAAACCGAAUCUUGCAUUUUUUUUUCUUCACUUCAGUUAUGGAGGAAAUCAGCUGUCUGUCACACUAAGGUGAGAGUCUCAAGAGCUCGUCAUGAAAGCUCUCGGUCCGCGCUCUGCGUUUUACGUGGGCUUUGUGGUGGGCACGUGCAGCCUGUACCUGCUCCUGACUCAAGUUGGGUUCACGCGAAACUUCGGGUCUCAUCACAACGAGGCCCAUGUGAAAAGCCUGCUGGAGAUGAUAGAAGAUGAAAACAAGAACUGGAAAAAGGAGAGGUCGGCUCUCUUCAACCUCAAUCAUCCGCACCAUACAGGUGAGGAUGGCAAACUGGCUGAUGGUCUCUAUAAGCGUGUACGCAUUCUGUGUUGGGUUAUGACUGGCCCUGAUAACCUUGAGAAAAAAGCUCGACACGUGAAAGCCACGUGGAGUCGCCACUGCAACAUUGUGGUCUUCAUAAGCUCUGUGGAUAACCCCGAUUUUCCCACCGUUGGCCUAAACACCAAGGAAGGUCGGGAUCAGCUGUACUGGAAAACCAUUCGUGCUUUCCAUUAUGUCAUGGAGAAGCACGGGGACGAGGCAGACUGGUUCCUCAAAGCGGAUGACGACACUUAUGUAAUAGUCGACAACCUGCGGUGGAUUCUGGCUAGCCACUCUCCAGAGGACCCUGUGUAUUUUGGCCGGCGGUUUAAGCCGUACGUAAAACAGGGCUACAUGAGUGGCGGCGCUGGCUACGUGCUCAGCAAAGAAGCUCUGAGGAGGUUUGUGGAGGGCUUUCGUACCAAAGUGUGCACUCACACUUCCUCAGUGGAGGACUUAGCUAUGGGUCAGUGUUUAGAGAAGGUAGGCGUUGUGGCAGGAGACUCCCGAGACACCUUACAAAGAGAGACAUUCCAUCCUUUCGUACCCGAGUCCCAUCUCACUGGCACAUUUCCCAAGACUUUCUGGUAUUGGAACUACUGUUAUUACCCCAUUGUGCAGGGACCACAGUGUUGCUCAGACCUGGCUGUUUCUUUCCACUAUAUGGACGCAUCACACAUGUACCUGCUGGAAUACUACACUUACCACUUGCGUGCCUUUGGCUACAAAUACCGCUAUCAGCCCCCUGAACCUAAAAUCAUACAAGACUUCAAUGCCCCUGUCCCAGACAAAAUGGAAACUGGAGACUUGGAGAAAAAGCAGGGGGUAGAAGCACAGGAAGGAGAAAAACAAUCCCUUGAACUUAAUGAAAAGUCUUAGCAGCUUUUUGCAUAGGAAAAAAAAAAAAACAUUUAAAAUCUUCAAAAAUAAGUAUUUUUUGGGGGGUGGCGGCUUUUCAUUUUUUUUUUUUGAUGUCUUUAAUCGAAUCCUAUAUUGCGCCACAGAAAUGUGUGCAUGACAUGUUUGUGUGAUUAAAUGAACUGUUCGAGAGGGUUUUCCUUUUAAUAAUGCAUUUCUAUGUGAAUGUUUAAAUAUAACCCUAACAGUGCGUAAUUGUAUGAAAUGAAGGUUAAGACAUGUAGAGGCAGAGUUUGCGGUUCUUGAGAAGCGAUUCAUUUAGCCUAUGAGCCUGCCUUAUUACCAGGCUCCC